UGAAGCACUCAUCACCUUAACUUCACCGGCGCCAGGAUUGACUGAAUGGCGAGCAAUACCGCUGAAAAUAUUCCUUCGCAAUUUGCGGCUGAGAAGCUGUGUGUAGUGUGCAACAAACAAGCUGAUCGAGCUUGUCCCUGCAUGAGUAGAUGCUUUUGUUCUCGGGACUGCCAGAACUACGAUUGGAUUGACGGAGGCCACCAUGAACAGUGUACACACAAAUACAAUACGCCAAUGCUGCCGCCUGACAAGCCGAAUUCGACGUCAUCGCAAAAUAUACUGCAAACUAGCAACCGGGCAGAAAAUUAUACAGACACGUCGUCUAACGAAACGCGCAUAGGCUCAAUCUCUGGCCCUCGGAUGCGAACAGAGCAAUAUUACAAGUCCCAACACGGUUGGACUUCCGGCGCGAGUAACAGCGCGAAUGACUCUACAGGUUAUCACAGUACCGGAUAUUUUCAGGUUGCGGCUAGAAACGGGCGUGCUUUCAGUAUUAGUAGUGGUGUAUACGCAGAUACGACACUGCUUGGGGAAAGCACGGGGAGAGUCUCAUCCAGUGUGUCGGGAACGCCGUACGAAACCUGCGAAACAAGUACGAUGCAUGCUCCGUCGAGUGUGCAUGGUAUACAGGCGUCAGGAAACAAGCUUAUCAAAUCACAUGGCGUCCAUGGAGAUUAUACAAUCGACACUAGUGGCUUCAAAAGUUACACACAGAUGCAUCAAGAAAAAGUGCUCGAAUUGGCUUCUGUGGACGUGGGGGUGGAGAACACACAAGAGUCUGCGACCAGUAAGAAGAGAAGCCACCCCGCAGCUCAUGGCGAUCAACGAGGUGGAAUUAAAAGGGUACAACCCGAUAAGGACACCAGCUUGGUCGGCGAUCUCGGUGUGGAUGUGUUUGUAUGCACAACAACCGGCUGCACAAAAGUUUACAUGUCCCGUGAAGGUCUUGAACAGCACCUGAAAACGCACGAUGAUAUGAAGCCAUUUCCCUGCAAGUGGACUGGGUGCACGAAGCGAUUUACUCAACGGGGGAAUAUGAUCACACAUAUGCGUGCGCAUACGGGCGAAAAACCCUACAAGUGUGACUGGCAAGACUGCGGGAAGAGUUUCGCUACAUCCAGUAAGUUGGUAGUGCACAAAAGAGCUCAUUCUGGUGAAAAACCAUUCGCAUGUACGUGGCAAGCGUGCGGGAAACGGUUUUUGCGUAGUGGAGACUUGGUAUAUCAUCUGCGGACGCAUACUGGCGAACGACCCUACGGAUGUGAAUGGGAAGGGUGCGGUAAGCGUUUCACUCAAGGGGGAAACUUGAUAACACAUAUGCGCUCGCAUACUGGCGAACGGCCCUACAUAUGUACCUGGGAAGGAUGUGCUAAGCGAUUUGCCCAAAGCAGCAGUUUGGAACAUCAUAUAAGUACUCAUACUGGCGAAAAACCCUUCUUGUGCGACGUGGAAGGUUGUGGCAAGCGGUUUGCACGUAGUGAUCACCUGGCCAAUCACAGUCGGUCUCAUGACGCGUUAAAAUCCAAAUCGGGUCCGUCGCUAGCGAGCUAAUUGUUUAUUGGUGAAGUUAAGGCCACCAUGGGAUUUCACAAUACAUUGCUGACAAAUGUGAGUCACCUCGUCGAGAGCGCACAAAACUCGAUGCGCAUCUUAUACAUCCAGAAGUGGGUAUUGAAGCCUUGAAUAUUGCGCCUGGCGUUGACCAUCAUGUGCGCUCCUUGAAUGAUGUGGUAUGUGCAUUCGCCUGAGAUAUUACCCACUGUUUACAUACGUUAUCGAGGACGAAACUUCGUCCAUGUCAGUCGCGUUGCUGCCCUUUAUCAGUCACGUUGGCGUGAACCGGGUUGUGACCUCAUGUUUGAAACCUCGAUAUUUAGAUGUAUCUAUAUGCAAAUGUUGCCGAGCUUUGUGGGGCCGGAUACAAUUUCAGACUCGAGGGGCUCGUGGAUUGACUAAAGUGACAUUCGUAGUAUUUCCAUUAUUCCAUGUUUGGAUGAUUGUUUGCUAUUGGCUGAGGUCGUCAUCGUCCAGAGUAUACUGAAUAAUUGCUUAGUGAUCACGUGCGAUAUAGCAACAUCGUAAGAAUGUAAAGUCAUCAUGUGGCGGCAAAUAAAAGGGCGAAGACUACAGGGUUGGUCUUCGAAUAUAGUAUCGG